GCUCUGGGAAACAGCAUGCCACAACAUGGAAUCUGGCAUCGGCAAUGGCUUGGUUGAGUGUCUGGAGGAGAAGGUGUGCCACGCGUCAUGCAGUACAGUGGCAAUUCCAAUUGAGCAGAGGAUUUUCUGACAUUAAAGAACCUGGAAAAAUCAUCGGGCCCAGGCACUAUCCGUCGUUGUCCCAAAGCCUACGGAACACGCGUGGCCGUGAGUUGCUACGUAUUGUAGAUACAGCAGUUCCGAACCUCCAGAGCGAGCAGGAAUUUGUCAUAGUGUUGAAGGCACUGGCAAUGGAUGGUCAAUUUCGACGGGCUUUGCGACUUCUAAGGGAGAUGAAGGAGCUGGACAUAGAGCUUGACAUUUCAAAGUACAAUUGGGUACUUGCUGCUAUGGCCAAGGAUAAACAGGUGGAGAGGGCACUGAAAAUGCUCGGGGAGAUGAGAGAGAAGGAGAUCCUUCCGGAUCUGCAAAGCUACAAUCACUGCGCAGGUGCUUGUAAACCAAAGGAGUGGGAGCAGUCGGUGCAUAUUCUGCGGACGUUGAUGCCUGCAGCUGACAUUGAGCCAGAUGCGCAAAGCUUUGAGCAUGUUGCAGCAGCCUGCGAGGAAGGCCACGAAUGGCAAAAGUCCUUGGAUCUGUUCAUAGAGAUCAGCAGCCGUGGACUUUCAGCCAGCUCGGUUGGACACAACUACGCACUGUCAGCAUGUCGUCAGGGAAAACGAUGGCGGCAUGGCUUUGAAAUCAUGGAGGUGAUGAAGGAGAAGGGCUUCGAGCCCGACUUCCGGCUAAAGAUGGACCUGGAGGCCCAAUCCCGUGGCCUUGACAAAGCACCUCCACCAGAGCCCAGCUCACGCUCGAUGCCUUCUCCCGACAACGUUUGGCAGAGGAAGCAACAACUUCGUGAGCUCCGUGAACAAGACAAACGCCGCCAGGAGGAGCGACGCUUGGAAGAAGAGCGCCAGAAACGUCUACGUGAGGCGCAUGGGGAGCCGGUGUUGUCGAAGGACUCCAAGGACUCCAAGGACACCAAGGAGCCCAAGGAGAAAAGCGAGAGCCCAAAACCAAAGCCAAAAGCCGAGAAAGCUGAGAAAGCUGAGAAAGCUGAGAAAGCUGAGAAGGCUGAAAGAGCAGAGGUAAAGUCUCCGGAGAAACUUGAGAGAGUUGACGCGGAAAAGCCCAAACAGAUGACACAAAGAGACGAUGAAAAGCCCAAGAAUGAACGUCCAAAGCCACGACGCGAUCCAAAAAGGCCAAGACUCCGGGCUCCUGGCUCCUACGUGCUUCCUGUAUUUGCCCAGCAUGACCGGUCCAAUCAUGCAGAACGACAAGCACUGAUCAAAGUCAUUGCUCGUGUACAAGAAGCCUCUGUGCCCAAACAGAUGCAGAGUUCGAAGCAGAGUGUGCAGAGGUGACUGGCACCGUGAGGCUUUAUGCUUCGCAUACUCCAUGUAUCUCUUGCAUGGCGUGUUUUUGCCAGUUUCAACGACUCUUUCCCAAGGUGAAGCUUUGUGUUGAUUUUGAUGAUUGGAGAGAUACUCGUAGAAUGGUGGAAAUGGCUCGGAGGGAAGAAGAGCACAAGAAGAGAGGAACCAGUCCUCCCAAUUAUGACUGUCCGGGCUUGUCCGACAUGUCUGAUGAGGAGGAACCAGAGGAACCGCUGGAUACACCCGGACAGGCAGUUGCAGCUGCUUGAGAAUUUCAGCACCAACGUCGUUUAGAGAUGAUCAAAAUGGACAAUGCCAGGUGGUUCCAGAUCAAGAGAUCGGGAGUGCUUAGUUCGUGAAGUUCUUCCUAAAUGAUGUUAAAUGCGCAUACUCAC